CGGGAACUUCUUUAUUUUCCUCCUAGCUCGUUCCCAACUUGUGGCGAUUCAUUGGCUGGCAACAUUCAAGCUAGCUGUGUGUUAGCCCCUGCGUCUGCUAGCAUUGAUUAUAUAGCCAAAACCUCAAAGAGGUGUUAGCUAGGUCGUUAGCCGGCUAGCCUCUUGUAACAUGUGUAGCUGCUGCAGCAGAUGCAGUGAAGGGAUAGAAGAUGAAAAUACACAAGAAGGACAAGCAGCAGAUGUUAACUGGUGUCCUUAAGCACACGCCACCUCCGGCCUCCGCUGCAGCAGCCGCCUCCCCCGCCACGGAUCAAAAGAGUAACGCACAAACCACAGUUCCUACAAUCCCGCGGGGACACCUGGUUGUGGGCCCCAAGGACCAGCUCCGCCUCCUCACCCCCGUGGGCAGCACGGCGAUGUCCAAUCACUGCGCGGUGGUCGGGGCCCACGCCGCUAAGCACUCCGGAGGAGCCCCGCGACCGCCUUCCUCCCUGAGCGAGGAGGACGACGGAGGAGGAGGAGGAGGCAGGGUGAAGAAGAAACGGAAGAAAAAGGACAAGAGACAACGGGAGAAGGUGGAGGUGGAGGAAAGGGAAAGCAGCAAACCAAAGAAACGAAGGGAGGAGAAGUUGGCCACGGUGGUCACACUGAGGAAGCCCAAGGAAGGCAAGGAGCCCAAGGAAGGCAAGGAGCCCAAGGAAGGCAAGGAGCCCAAGGAAGGCAAGGAGCCCAAGGAGCCCAAGGAGCCCAAGGAGCCCAAGGAAGGCAAGGAGCGAAAGGAGCGAAGGACCAAGGGGAAGGAGGGCAGGACAGAGCUGAAGAAUGUGGCAGUGGGGAAAACAACGGUGGCCACAGUCACAAUACCUGUUAAGGUGCCCGGCAAAAGAGGAAGGAAACCGAAGGUCAAAGUCCUUCCUCCUGUUCCCAUCAAUCAAGCACCUCCUCCUACGCCAGGAGUCCACACUAAGGGUCAGGCCCACAGCGCCCUGAGCCAUGGCAAGAACCACAGACAGGCCAACAGCAAGACCCCAGUCCCCUCAGCACCCAAACAGAGGGGCCGCAAGCCCAGAGAUCCUGGUGCAGCGCCGGUGGAGAAGAAGAAGAAGGGAAAGAGGAGAAACCAGGAGCUGGCUGCCAAGGAGGGGGCGGAGAGUGACGACACUACCUCAAUGCCAGCCCACAACGUGGGUGGAGAGGAGAGGCAAGACCCCCUGGAUAACGCGAAGCGGCGUUCGGGACGUCAGGUCAAGAGGAGGAAGUAUAACGAGGAUUUGGACUUCAAGGUGGUGGACGAUGACGGAGAGACGAUCGCAGUUCUUGGAGCCGGUCGCAUCUCGGCGCUCAACGCCACCGCUCUGGCAUGGCAGGCUGAGGAACCACCUGAAGACGAGGCCAACAUCAUUGAGAAAAUUCUGUCUGUCAAAUCAGUGAAGAAAGAGACUCCAUCAUCAGAGGACCAAGCGGAGGAGACAGAGGAGUUUUAUGUCAAGUUCAGGAAUUUUUCCUACAUGCACUGCAAGUGGGCCACUAUGGAAGAGCUGGAGAAAGAUCCCAGAAUCCAGCAGAAGAUCAAACGCUUCAGGACCAAACAGGCUCAGAUGAAACAUUUGUUCACCGAGCCCGACGAGGAUUUAUUUAACCCGGACUACAUCGAGGCGGACAGAGUGCUGGAGGUGGCUGUUACUACAGACACUGAGACUGGAGAGGAGGUGACCCAUUACCUGGUUAAGUGGUGCAGUCUGUCGUACGAAGAGGCGACGUGGGAGCUGCAGGAGGACUUGGACGCAGAGAAGAUCAAAGAGUUUGAGCAGAUCCAGAAGCUGCCAGCAGACCUCCGACACAUGGUGAGGAGAAACAGGAGGGACACGAGGGCAGGAGGGGCAGGAGGGACACUAGGGGCAGGAGGGACACGAGGGCAGGAGGGGCACGAGGGACACUAG